UAACUGGAAGGGAAAAAAAAAAAAACUGAAAUCAAUCCGACUGAGCGUUUCCAUUGGUUACAGGCUCCUGGUACCCAGGAAAGAGGAUGUAGCAUCUCCUGCGGUAGCUUAGCAAACAGGGCAAAUGUGAGGAAAGGGCGGCUGUUGUGCGGGUAAAUAUGGGACGGAUAAUGGCCAUAUGAACGAGAAGGUGAUGAUUCACCGGCAGCUGAUACUGACCCAGAACUUGUAUCAGAACAGGUUUCUCGGGCUUGCAGCUAUGGCCUCUCCAUCUCGCACAUCUCAGGGCAGGCGGCGAUGUAAGGACCCAAUUCGGCACAGUUUCAACCCUGAGCAGUUCCCCAAUGUGGACUUCCAGAAUGGCAUACCUGAGGAGCUGGCGGCAGCCGUGCUGCGCUCCACCAGCGACACUGACCUCGUGACCUCUCACUGCCGCUCCACCCUCACCAUCAGCACCUCCAGCUACACCAUCGGCCAGACGCAGGACAUCACCCUCAGCUGGGACAUCAAGGAGGAAGUGGACGCGGGUGACUGGAUUGGCAUGUACCUCAUUGAUGAGGUUCUGUCAGAGAACUUUCUGGACUACAAGAACAGAGGUGUGAACGGCUCCCACAAAGGUCAGAUCGUCUGGAAGAUCGAGGCCAGCUCCUACUUCGUAGAACCGGAGACUAAGAUCUGUUUUAAAUAUUAUCAUGGAGUGAGUGGAGCCCUGCGGGCCACAACGCCAUGUGUGACCGUGAAGAACCCCUCCGCACCGGUGUUUAAGCCGGUAGCCACAGAUGACUUACCUCAGAGUCAAGGCAGCAGAAGACUCAUCAGCUUUUCUCUCUCAGAUUUCCAGGCCACUGGGCUAAAGAAAGGCAUGUUCUUUAACCCCGACCCCUACCUGAAGAUUGCCAUCCACCCCGGCAAGCACAGCAUCUUCCCUGCCCUGCCUCACCACGGCCAGGAGAAGAGAUCAGGCAUCGUCUGCAAUACCAUUAAUCCUGUUUGGCAGAGGGAGCGCUUUAAUUUUGUGUCUCUGCCCACGGAUGUGUUGGAGAUCGAGGUGAAAGACAAGUUUGCCAAAAGCCGACCCAUCAUAAAGCGUUUUUUAGGCAAGCUGUCCAUGCCAGUGCAAAGAUUACUGGAGAAACAUGCGAUCGGUGAUCGAGUGGUCAGCUACACUCUGGGUCGGAGGCUUCCAACUGAGCAUGUCAGUGGCCAGCUGCAGUUCAGGUUUGAGAUUACAUCCUCCAUCCAUCCAGAUGAUGAGGACAUGUCUCUCAGUACAGAGCAACCAGUGGCGGCAGCAGAAGCUCAAGUCCAGCCUCAGGCAGAAGACACCAUGAGUUUGGACCAGGGGGCCCCAGAGUUGCCCUUAGAUGAAGAAACGGCUUCUAUAGAGAUGCCCAUGGAUGUCGAAUCAGCCGAAGCAGAAGCUGUAGAGGAAGAGCCUUUAGAGGAAGAGCAGCAGACGCAUCCAGAGCAGCAGGAGGAAGCAGCAGCAGCCGAGAGCCGAGAACAAAUGGAGCAAGAAGAGACCAACGUUGAAGUGGAAGAGACGCCCCAAGAAGAGGCAGAAAAUGAUAGUGCCUUUGCCGAAGGGCCUGCCGAGUCUUCAGGAGAUCCUGCAGGAGUCGAAGAGGAGGCCAUCUCAGAACAGCAACCGGUUUCGGAAGAACCAGAUGUGGAUCUAGAGGAAGGCUGCUCGCUGAGGAUCAGAACCACACCGAGAAGGAAGCCGCGGCCUUGUUCCCUACCCGUGUCUGAGCUGGAGACGGUCAUCGCUUCGGCCUGCGGCGAAGCGGAGACGCCACGCUCCCAUUACAUCCGAAUCCACCACCUGCUGCACAGCCUCCCGUCCACCCAGCCUCAACCGGGAGACGCGGCUGGACCUGAACCCGACCGGCCACAGGGCGUAGAAGAACAAGAGGAAGAUGAGGAAGAGACCCUUGAGCCUCACGCUUUAACACCCAACGGCCCUCGCAGGACGCUGCCCCGCAGCCGCUCACACGAGCGCCUCUCCGACCUCAUUCAGAUGCUCGACGGAGAUGGGCAGCCGCUCGGGGCUGAGGGACAAACCACAGGUCAAAGGUCACCAGGAGAAAGCGAGUGCGAUUUGAGCCCGGUGCCGUGCUGCAGUCACAUGGUGCAGAGGGCCUCGGGCCCCGUGCGGGCGCCGUCUCUAGACAGCGCACGGCGGUCAGAGAGCACUGUGUUUUCCUCACAGGAUGACGAGGACGAGACGGACAGAGUGAACGGCAUUCUGGGAUUGGAGGCGGAGACAGGACAGGGUGCUAAGAGCCGGGAGCCAAGGGACGGGAGCUGUCAGUGGGAGGAGGCACCGGAUAGUCACGUCCAGAGCCCGCACGGCAUUAUGGGUAACAGAGAAUCACCAGUAGCUGGACCAAGCAGCAGAAGAGAAUGUCCUUUGCCUUGUAACCAUCCUGCAGUGAGCCAGCUGCCCGCCCUGCGGCCCGACCCACAUCACUAUCCCACCAUAGACGAGCCACUGCCACCGAACUGGGAGGCCCGUAUUGACAGUCACGGUCGUGUGUUCUAUGUGGAUCACAUUAACCGGACCACCACUUGGCAACGGCCAACGUCCGCAGCCACGCCGGAUGGCCUGCGCAGGUCUGGUUCCGUCCAACAGAUGGAGCAGCUCAACAGGAGGUACCAGACCAUCCAGAGGACGAUGGCCACAGAGAGGAGAGACGAGGAGUCAGGCAGCCCCCGCAACGAGAGAACAGCCAACACUGAGACAGACUCGCCUCCACAGACAGCCGAGUUGAGGAGAGACUCUUCAGGUUCUCCAAGUUACUGUCAGAAGAUCACGUUACUGCUGCAGAGUCCAGCAGUCAAAUUCAUCACUCACCCAGAGUUCUUCACUGUUCUCCACGCAAAUUAUGGGGCGUAUCGUAUGUUCACAAACAGCUCGUGUCUGAAACACAUGGUCCUAAAGAUCAGGCGUGAUGCCCGAAACUUUGAGCGGUACCAGCACAACCGUGACCUGGUGGCCUUUUUAAAUAGGUUUGCUGAUGCUCAGCUGGAGCUGCCACGGGGCUGGGAGAUCAAAACAGGCCCACAGGGGAAGUCGUUCUUUGUAGACCACAACAGCCGUGCCACAACCUUCAUUGAUCCCAGGAUCCCCUUGCAAAACGGCAGAUUGCCCAACCACCUGACGCACCGCCAGCACCUGCAGAGAUUACGCAGCUACAGCGCAGGAGAGGCAUCUGAGGUGUCGCGCACCCGAGGGGUGUCCUUGUUAGCCAGGCCUGGAAACAGCCUGGUAGCAGCCAUUCGAAACCAAAGCCAGCAGGAGCCAGUGCCAUUAGCAUACAAUGAUAAGAUUGUAGUGUUUUUACGGCAACCGAACAUCUUUGAGGUGCUACAGGAACGGCAGCCGAGCCUGGCGAGGAAUCACUCGCUCAAAGCCACGGAUCUCAGUGAUCUGGAGUACCUGGAUGAGGAGUUUCAUCAGAGCUUACAGUGGAUGAAGGACAAUGACAUCACAGAUGUGCUGGAUCUCACCUUCACUGUCAAUGAGGAAGUGUUCGGACAGGUGACUGAGCGGGAGCUGAAGUCUGGCGGGACAAACUUGCAGGUGACAGAGAAGAAUAAGAAGGAGUAUAUCGAGCGGAUGGUGAAGUGGAGGGUGGAGCGCGGUGUCGUCCAGCAGACGCAGGCUCUGGUCCGGGGCUUUUACGAGGUGGUGGACUCCCGUCUGGUGUCUGUGUUUGAUGCCAGAGAGCUGGAGCUGGUUAUUGCAGGAACAGCAGAGAUUGAUUUAAAUGACUGGAGAAACAACACAGAGUACAGAGGAGGUUAUCAUGAUGGGCAUAUUGUGAUCCGGUGGUUCUGGGGUGCGGUGGAGCGCUUCAAUAAUGAACAGAGACUGCGUCUGCUGCAGUUUGUGACGGGCACCUCCAGCGUGCCGUACGAGGGCUUCACCGCGCUGCGCGGGAGCAACGGCCUGCGACGCUUCUGCAUCGAGAAAUGGGGCAAGAUCACAUCGCUCCCGAGGGCGCACACAUGCUUUAACCGUCUGGAUCUUCCGCCGUAUCCAUCCUACACCAUGUUGUACGAGAAACUGCUGAUUGCUGUGGAAGAGACCAGCACUUUUGGCCUUGAGUGAGGACUUGACGCAUAAAACACCUUCCUCCCGGUGACCUUUCCAUGUACACCGUAUGUAAUUAUCUACUAGCGCGGAUCGUGUCCUGUGUCCGUUUCUUUGGUUUGUUCAGGACACCACUGCAUGCAUCAGUCACCUGCGCGGGUGGACAGUGUGUAACGGGUAUGCAAUAGUGAAAGAGAAGCCUUCAACCUGCUUUAACACUCAGGACCUCGACCUCCGCUGGAGUCGCUCUCAGUUCACACAUCAUCAUUUCACCGCAAACCGUCAGGGCCAGCAUCCUUUCUGUUGGUGCAUUUUCACAUUGACAAGAACUGUAAAGUUAAAACCAAAUAUGUUCACAGAAAAUAUCUGAUCGAGGUGCCGUAAUCUCACCGAACACGGCAUCAUCACAGGAAGUGACGUCACUUCGCAGGAGUCAAAGUGGAAAUGGCAAGCCUGAGCCUUGAUUUGACACUUUUGAUUUAUUCAUUUGUACUAAUCAAUACAUUUAAAUAUUAAAAUCAUUAAAGCAUCAGACAUGUUUAAGGAUGUUUAAGGCUUCAUGCUGUCUUGUUUGUAAUGUUUGAAUGAAUUUCAAUGAAUUUACGUAUUUGGGUUUAAAAACCCAACAUGUGAUGUUUACUAAAAUGGCGAAACACAACAAAUCCAAUCAGAAUAUAUUUCAUGUUUAUUAUACAGCUGUGUGGAGCGGGAUUUUAAACCAAUGAGAUUGCACUGUGGGCGGAGCCAUCCAGCGUAACAAAACAUAAAAACAAAGAACUGAAAAUAUCUUGUUCGUUGCGUUUAGAUAAGACACUGUGUAAAGGUGCAUUCAUGGUAACGGCGAUUUAUAGUGAUUUGAGCCAACAGGAGCAACAACAACCAGUGAUGAUGCGAUGUGGGCGUGUACUUUAUGUAAAUGAGUAAUGCAAUGCACUGCCAAUAGGAAUGAAGACAUCUCGGAAGUAAAUGCUCAUAAUGAGCAGUUUCAUGUGAUUCUUUAUGCACUACUGCAGUUUAUAUAAACUGUUUCCUUGAGCAUGUUAAUUUUUAGUGUUACAAUGGAAUGAUACUUUGUUUUUAUUUAUUGUAUUUUUAUGUAUUUAUUUCAGUUUUCAAAAUCAGAUCAUGGGUGUUACUGUCUGCGCUCCCAUUGGCAGUUGCUGCAUCACAUUUGUUGCUCAUUUGCAUAAAGUUAAAAUGUUUGUCUAAACUUUGUCGCAUCGCCAUCUCUCACUGUCUCGCUUAAAAUUUACUUAAAAUUUCCUGAUGCCAUAAUAUGCACUCGCUUUCCCUAACGUUUAUGAAAUGUGUUUUUGCUUUUCUAUUUAUAUGAUGUCAUUUUAUGGCUUAAAUUGGUGAGGGGAUUGAAAGAAAUGACAGACUAAAUAGUAAAAAUUGUGUACCACACGUCAUGUUCUUCAGAGCGUUUCAGCUGUUUGUGUAUUUGAAGAGCAAUGGGUCAUUUAUUCAAAAAGGAAAUUGGUUUAAAUGUCAGGACACGGUUCUUUGAAAUGUCAGAGUUGUUCGUUCUGUGGUUGGUUUAUUGACGACUAGAUUCGAUUACUGUGCUGAAGUUUUGAUUAUUGCUCAUGUUUACAUUUUAAGAUGAUGUGAAUGUGUGUAUUAUACAUUAAGAUGCUCAUAAAUUGUCUUAACAUGAUGCUAUUUAAAGGUGCAUGUGUUUCUGUCUAAUCCACACUUGAUGAAUCGGUCUUUUACUUUUGUCUCCUAAUAUUUUCUAAAUGGGAACAUUCACCCCUAAAAAAAACUUUGUUUGAAUAUGCAGAAGAGUGGGAAAGUCAUACAGAUUCAAUUAUUAUGUUUUCCUGAAGUUUUCAUUUUUGAGUGAACUGUCUUUUUAAUGUGGUGGUGAUGAAGAACAAGCAAUCACGGCUUUUGAUCGUGUCUGAAAUGUAAUUCUGCUAAAAACAAUUGCAGCUCAAAAUGAACAACACUCAGCUUAAGAUAUUAGGAAUGUAGAAAGUGAAUUUGUAUUAUUUAUCCCAAUUAAGAAAUUAUAAAAUGUCUGUAUAUCACACGUGUACACACUUGCUUGAACGGUCCAUGUAAAAUCUCAAUUUUAAAAUGUGAUGAAUCAAUUCAACAGCCAACAAUUCAUCUUUUUUUUAAAAAACAUGUCUUCAUACUUACUAUUUGCAUAAUGUUAGUUUUCUCAAAUGUAUAUUACUAUGCAUAUUUGGUUGGAAUUGUAAGAAAUGCUACUCUUUGGCGCUUGUGGAGGACGUUUCUUCAUUUGUCAAGACACUGGCAGCCAUUUGACAAUGUGAGAGAAAUGAGGAGAAGGUUCUGGAACAUACUGCCUCUCUAUAAACAUGGCAUUCUGGGAGAUGCAGAAGGGUUUGGCUCCUGCUUCCACCUCGGACACAUACACUAGCCUGCUUGUGUCUUUUUACACUUUAAUCUAUGUGUAUGGAAGAGAAUAAAAGCGGAAAAUGUACAAAUGUUUUGAAUUGUGUAUUGAGGACACUUAUAGCGCCUCUCUCAGGCUGAGCUCUGUAACUACAGCAUAACACUGUUAACGAAUGUCAAU